AUGGAGGUCCAAAACGAAGUGGCACAAAACCCAUGUGCACAUGUAAAAAAAAAAACAAAAAAACAUGAAAGGAGGGGGAACAAACGAGCUCACGCUCCGAAAACGGAUAUAGCAAAAGGAAGAAAUGUAGUAAAUAAAAAGAGUAGAAAAAAUAGCAACAACGAAAAUGACCGCGCUGACGAGUACGCAAAUGACAACCCUGGUAGUCGCACCUACAACCGAAAUGAUCUCCAUGCCUAUAACCGCUACGACAAUGAAGAACAAAAUGCAGACUUCUCGCCUGAGGAGUUAGGACCCAUCAUGGACGAUCAGAACGAUGUAAUUCAUGUGGAAAGCAAAAACCACAACGGGAUAGCACCUGACGAAAAUCAGGACACUACCAUGUCCACGCAUGAUGAUAACACGAUGGAAGAAGGAGACAACACACAGCAUUGCGACAUGCAUGACGCAUGGAUCACAUUUUGCCAAUAUCUCAACUGCAUGCAAAAAAAGGACUACAUAAAUGAAGAAGACACACAUUCUGAAUUAACGGUGCCCCCAAAUGAGUUGUUCAAAACUUCUAACUUUUUCUGUCAUAAGAAUAACUUUUUUUGUAAUGAACAUGAGGAGGAUUAUUCGGCCCCUAAUUCCGUGGACGCGAAUAAGGCGAGCGGCAUUUUCUGUUGGAAGGCUUCUCACCACGGUGGUGAAGGCGAGCCAUGCGACUCCACCCAGGGAGGGGAAGACGCACCUGGGGAAAGCGACGCUAACAACAGGAAUGGUUACACGAACAUGUCCACCAUGUUUAACAUUGGCUUCUGCAACAGCAAGAAUGACCCCAUGGAAGGGGAACUCCCAGACGGAGAAAACCCUACCCUGCUGGACAAUGAGCGGAAUGACGGCAAUGACGACAAUGACGAAAAUGAGCAGAGUGAGCAGCAUGAGCAAGGAGAACAACAAGACACAAACAUACAAUUCAUGAGCACAGGUAAAGAAGAGUCACAUUACGCAAGUGUAAACAACCUCAAUGCUUCCUCAUCCUUACUGUCCACACACACAAGUGAAAAAAAUAAUUUAGAGCAUUCUGCUUACGAGAUCAGUCCUCUGGUCAGUCCAAACCCUCUUAUCAGUGGAGGCAGAAUUGACAGAAACGUCAUUUUCAUACAAUUAAGAAAUUUCUCACAAAAAAUUGAAGAGUACAUUUCGGACGAGAAACUUUUCAGAGCGCAAAAGUUAAUCGUUCAUGUACAAAAGUACGUAGAAUAUUAUAUCAGCUAUUUCAAAAAAAUGAAUGACGAAGAAGUUGUUCAAAUGUUAACAAACUAUUAUGAAGAGAACUGCACUGAUAAGAAUGUCAGUUAUAGUGUGAACAGAUUAAAAGUCCAUUUAAUGCUUUAUAUUUUAAAUUUUUUUCGCUUGCAUGAGAUGACGAGCGUGCUUCAAGAUUAUUCAUACUACUUUUCAGUGGACAAGAACAACAGCAUAUCCUCUGACAUGAUGAGCAACAGCGUGGACAACAACACUUUGCAGACUUCGGGGGAAAAUGCGAACAUGGACAGGAAAUCUUCUGAGGCUCACUCCGCCGAGCAUGUCGCUGUAAACUCCGAUGAGGGCCCCGCUUGCGGCUUGUCCGCCAUGGGCCUCAGCUUGGACGGUGAAGUGCAUGGUGAGUUGCACGGUGAGGUGCAUGGUCAUGAGCAAAAUGCGCAAAGCGGUGAGGUUAAUGCAGACCGAUCUGUCGAUCAUGCAUGUGAAGACCCUGGCGAAGAGACAGAAGAACCAAACGAGGGCCCAGCGGACGAUCAUCCGAGCGGCAACAAGAAGGACGACGAGGAGGUGGAACAAGCAAAACGAGAGAGUCAAGUCAUUGUGGAUAAAAUGUAUCACGACGAGUGCAACGGGUCCAGCAUCCUGAACAGCAGCAAAGUUUCAGAUACGAAGAAAAAUUCAAAAGAAGAAAACAACAUAAACACAAAAGGAAGUAAUCACCAUAUGGUUAAAAUUAUUCAAAAAUAUUCAAGACGACUUAAAAACUUUAGGAAAAUGAAACAAAACAAAGAAGGCUGGAUUAAGGAAAAUGAUAAAUAUUUAGAUUUGUGGCACAGAGUGGAUAGUGAUAAUAAUGUUUCUGUUCAUAUACGGGCGAAGCUUCCCUACGAGGUCAACAUGAUCCUGUCCAUUCUGAGCGAAACGGAGCUAAGCACCCACUGGGUUCCCUUCCUGACGUCCUCGCAGAAAAUCAAAGGCUUGUCGAAAUCAAGCGGCAUCAUGUCGCAGCUCUACGAGUACCCCAUAAUAGGGAAGAAGGAGUCGCUGUUGUACGGCCUGGGCGCCAACACGCUGGAAGAACUCGGAUGCCUAAUUCUCUGCUGCAUGUGCCCCCCGGAGCUGAAGAAAGACAUUGAGUUCUACCUAAACAUGUGCGAACAAUUGAACAUAAACAAAAAUGAAGAAAUAUUAAAAGUUAAAGAAACCCAAUUAAAAUUCAGAAAAGUAAAAAGAGACGUCACUUUUCUCGAUAGCCAGUUACCAGAACCCACACCCAAAAUGGACAGACAAAGGGCAGCCAACUUAUGCUUCUUAAUAUACCCAUUGAAUAAUGGAAACUCCACCGUUCUGGAGCUAUAUGUUCAUGUGGAAAAUGAGUUUAAGUAUACGCCAAUAAAAAUGGUCACUUAUUUUAUUAAAAAAAUUGUGAAAAAUAUGUACGAGAAUAUCAUCAAGACGUGCAAAAAUUACCACACCAUUUAUGGUGAGCGGCUAAACACGAACAAGGAAUUUUACGUCUGGCUCCAUGACCAAAUGAAUAAGUACAACAAGAGCAAGCAUCACACCAAGUUCAUUGAUUCGAUGAGUCUCGAGAGCUACCACGAGCCGGAGAACAGUGACCCGAUGUAG